GUGACCAAGGUUUUCAUUCUUUGUUCCCCACAGCGCUCGACGACAACGUCUUCGACUGCAGCUGUUAGCCUUCGUUUAUCAUCAUUUCAUUCUUUUACACACUCGCUCUUUACAAAACAAAACUAAAUCGCCGCCAAUACCAGUACUAAUUAUGUCUGCACAUCAGGACUUGGAAAUGCGCAACCACAUGCGCUUCGCUGCUCGAUUCAGCCCAAGUUUUCCUCUGUCUAUCUUGACUUCUGCUACUGGUACUAGUAUGCAGACAUCAGCUGCACAUGACACACCCAGCACUAGUACUUCGGCUCCAGCGAUCACUACCACCACCCCUACCACCACUACCUCUGUACCUACUUCUACCCAACAGUCCUCCACUUCCAUCACCCCUAGUACUACUUCCUCUUCUUUAACCACGUCUUCGUCAACCACAUCCUCAAGCACCGCCACCUCGAGCAGUACUACUACGUUUACUUCCCCAACUUCAGCCCCACAAACCGUGCUGUCCACGACCCCUGCAGCAGCCACUUUGUACACUACCUCCAUGUUUACAUCACCCACUAAUAUCAUCAUUGGUACCGGAACCAUCACAUCCGCAACGCCUUCUUCGACUGCUGGAUCUUCAGGCUCCGUCAACACUGGUGCAGUCGUAGGUGGUAUCGCUGGCUGUCUCGCAGGUUUGGCUAUACUAAGUUUCCUGAUCAUGUGGUGUAUUCGCCGCAAACGCAAGUCUGAUGAAGACGAGUGGAGCGCUUCAGCCUUCAAACGUCAGUCUGCCAUCCUUGUGGACGAUCCUGAACCAUCCUUCAACCCCCGUCCUCCAACCAUGAUCGAACGUCACAACGCAUCCCCUGCACUCAACGCUCAAAACAACUAUCAGAACUAUUACGGUGGUUAUGGUCAACAAAGUGCCUACGGUGAUACCUUGCAUGCUCAGAUGGCAAUGCCACAUGCUCCUCACGGGGACCGUAGUCACCUCACUAGGCAACCGUCCAGCGCGGCAUACUUGUCUCGUCAGCCAUCCGCUGCAGCAUACCCCAUCCCUAAUGAUCCUCAGGCUCACUAUGUUAAUCUCGAUCGUUCCAGCGUGACUCCAUUCCAAGCUGCCCAAUAUGCAGAUAUAUCCCGUCAGCUGGGCAGUGACCUACAUACCACUAUGGCUCCACCCCAGCCAUCGGAUCCUUCUUUGCCUAGCCCCUUCGAUGACGAAGCAGCGGAAGAAAUCAAUCCUACGCAUGACGCUGCGCCUCGUGCACCAUCUCCUGCUCACGUUGUCGAUCCUUUUGCUGCCGCUAGUACGGCGCCCGCACCUGAGCCGGUCCCAGCGUCCCGCAGGCGAGACAUUACCAAUGCCCAGCGGCCCGACACCGUAUACACUAUGUACGAAGAAGGCGAUGCCUAUGGUGGCAUCUAAACGCCAGCGCAACCAAAUCCAACUUUAUUUAUUCAUGUUCCUGCUUUCUUCAAUCUUCUAACUGUACCGUCACCCCGUCAUCUGUCACUUACUUUGUCUUAUUGUUGCCUUUUAGCUCCUUUACAUUUCUCUGUGCAUGCUGGCCUGCCAGUGCUUAUGUGAUUGUCAGAUCUUGCCCCUAGUCCGUCACGUACACACCUUUACCUUUCCGCGCUGUCCGACUACCCUGCGCCACCUCCCACCCAUUGUGAAGGAUCAUUCAAUGCUUGAAUGUGCUUUGACUCGCCGGUUAACGAGCCUCUCCUCGUCGAUACCUAUUUCUUGCUACGGUACAAGAGCUUUUCUCAGUUUUGCCGCUUGUAUCGUUAUCACUAUUGACUACUUUCCGGACGGCUUUUUCUUAAGCGUGGUUGACGCUGUAGGACGUUUAGUGUGCAAGCACCCGGCCUUCUAAUUCGAGAUUCGUUUAUUGGUAGACACAUAAGUAUUA